AUGUUGUCGACAGAAUUGUCCGAGGCGGAGGUGUCGGCCUUGAUGGCUAACAAGGAGCGAUUGGCAAAGGACCUUCAUCAUAGUUGUCGAUGGGGAUAUGGCGUUCGAUGGGGGGAUGGAUCAACAGACACGGGCAUGCAACGCCUCUCCUUGUCCCAUGAGGACAAACAGGUGCGGGAUUGGUUCAUCGAGACGACAAGAGUGCUGAAAUGCAACGUCACCGUGGACGAGAUGGGAAAUAUCUUCGCUGUCCGACCUGGUCGAAGGAAGGACGUCCCUCCCACAUUCAUCGGUAGUCACUUAGAUACGCAGCCAACAGGCGGUCGAUACGACGGCAUCCUGGGUGUCUUGUCCGGUAUCGAGACUCUGAAGGUCAUUGAUGAGAUGGGCUUAGAGACAGAAGGGGGCAUAGGUGUUGUUAACUGGACAAACGAAGAGGGCGCCCGUUUCCCAAUCAGCAUGAUCUCUUCUGGAGUCUGGGCAGAAUGCAUCCCACUCUCGAGAGCCCAUAACCUCAAGGAAGUGCCCACAGUCGCUUCCCUCCCAACAGCCUCCUCUGCCCCCGAGACUAUGAAAUCAGCCCUCGAGAAGAUCAAAUACCUCGGCACCGUGCCUUGCUCCUACAAAGAAACACCAAUGGCCGCGCACUUCGAACUACAUAUCGAGCAGGGCCCACAUCUUAUCUCCGCUGGGCAACGAGUUGGCGUCGUAACUGCAGUGCAGGCAUACCGCUGGUUUCGCCUUAACAUUUUUGGAAGAGACACCCACACGGGAACGACGUCGUUCGAACACCGCGCAGAUGCCCUAUACGCCUUCGCGCGUAUGAUGGUAUGCGCUCGCGAAGUCGCAGCAGCAAAAGGCUGUCUUUCCAGUGUUGGUAUCGUAGAAGCAAAGCCCGGCAGUGUGAACACAGUCCCUGGGCUGGUCAGCUUCACGCUCGAUAUUCGCGGACCCGAGACUGAAAUGGUGGCAUCAGUCGAAGCCGAGUUGAGGAAGGAAUUCGAUGUCAUUGCCGCAGAGGAAGGCAAAGGCAUUGGCAAGCCGUGCCGCGUCGAAUGGACCCUGGACUUCGAUUCACCGGCAGUCAAGUUCCAUGAGAGCUGUAUCAACUGUGUGCGGCAAUCUGCUGAAGCGGUCGUUGCUGGUGCUGGUGUGUCGGAGCCGAAGUCACUGGUGCGCACAAUCAUGAGUGGUGCUGGUCACGAUAGUGUGUUUACUUCGAAGAGAGUCCCGACGAGUAUGAUCUUUGUGCCAUGUAGGGAUGGACUCAGUCAUCAUCCGGAAGAGUAUUGUUCUGCUGAUGAUUGUGCGACGGGUACAUCUGUGAUUCUGCAAGCAGUCAUUCGGUACGAUCGUAAGAGAUUCGUAUCGGCAUGA